GAUACAGAAUCAGGCUUAAAAGAGUAAUGGACUAUUUUAACUAUGGAGCUGCCUUGAUAUGCCAGAACUGUUCAUACUUAUAAAAAUAAAUAUUAAACAUGGUAAAGACCAUCUCCAAUAUUGUAGCAAACCGGUUCAGACCUAAAUCAAAAGCACCCUAAAUCUGUAUUUGUACUGCUUCAAAAAUUGCAUUGAUUUGCUUAGCUGACAACGCCUCUGAGGAGGAGAGGAGGAAGUCCAGCAUCUGCAAAUCACCAGGAAUGUUUGCAGAACUGUUAAUCAGUUAAGGAAGAGAAGGUGGUGGGCUAAUCCUGCCUCUUCUGCAAUGUCCUUGCAGUGCUGGUCCCAGGAGGGGAUGUGUGAGGUAGGAGUUGGCCAGGACCCAGCUCCCUGUGACUGCAGCACAGGGACACCCACACUGCUCCAUUGUCACCUGCAGAUCCACCCACGAGUAGGAUCCAGGCAGGUUUUGAGGAUGGCUGGACAUUUUCUGGCCAGUUGAGGGCUGCAAAUCCUGGUGUGGGAAGGGCAGAGCUGUCUAGUGAGCAGCUCAAAACAGCAGGAGCCCGGGGAGAAGUGCCAGCUGUGGCAGAUGCCAAACAGCUCCCAUCACAUGAAUGUGCUUGCCAAGGCAUGGAAAUCAAAAAAUACUAAAGGAAAGAAUUCUUUUUAUUCACCAUUUGUGUCUAGAGAAAUGGAGCUGAGGAUCAGACACCUUUUCCCUCUUGCCACUCCACUGUGGCUCCGAUAAUAACCCGGCAUCCACCUAAACUCUACUCCAGGUUCAGGACUGGGGGGAGUCCUGGAGCAGGGACAGCUUCCCACCUCACACCAGCAUUGUGGCAGCUGCAUCCCAGCAGUUUCACAAGGAAGCAACAGGUCUCACAGCCACAGCACACACAUUCCUGCAGGGAGAGAGUGUCCCUGUACCCCAGAUCUGCAGUCUCAGCCAGAAAAGCAAUAAAGGAUGGAAGAAAUGGGAAUUUCAUCCUGAGAGGAAGAAAGAGAAUGAGGUUUGAGGUUUGAGCAAUUUAAUAUUUGAAAAGGGUCUUGUUCCAGAAAUACACAUGGGUAGAAUGUAUUUAUGGAUGGGGUUUGCAAGACCCUCACCAAUUUUUUGCUCCACCCUAAGCCACACUGGCUGGAAUCUCUGCAGAAGCAAUAAGCUCUUAGGUGAUUUUUUUUUUUUUUUGCAAGGGGAUGGGAAAUUCAAGUACCAGACUCUCAGGGAAGGAGCACAGAUUCAGUGCCCAGCAAAAACAGGCAGGGUUUUAAAUAUCACCCACCAGUUGCUCCUGCACAGAAUAACAUAAGUGCAGGAAUAGUUCAUCAAAUGAUGAAAUUAUUCAGUAAAAACUGAAGUGAUUGAACCUGCUCAGAGAGAAAAAUAAAAUCUAUUAGUAGAUAGAAGAUGAUGCUUUAAAGGUGAUUUUUUUUCUUUUCCAAUCAUUCACCCAGCUCCCUGGCUGAGCUUUAUGAGCAGUGCACACUCAGGGGCACACUCAGAAUCAUGGACCAGCACACUGAAGAAGCAAAGAAGGAAAACACAGAAGGUUGUAUCUCCUGUUUCUCUGUCUCAAAGGUCAUGACCAAGGCACUCAAAGAGCUUUUCUAGAGAGAAAAGCAUGUGCAUGACCAUUGUGGUGCCUACUGAACCAGGCAUAAGCCAAAAUACCAUUGUUUUGGUCAAAGAGUUUUAAAUCCUGCAGUAACCAGGAGGUCCCUCCAGCAGGAGCCUGGAGCUCUCAAGGUCACAGCAUCUCUCCAGAGUGAGAAGCUCUUGGUGCUGAGGUGAGCUGCUCCAUGUCAGGGCAUCACACCCCAGGGCUGACAAACACUGAAAUCCUGACAUGGCCUUGUUUGCACCAUGACAUCACUGUUCAGCCACAGGCUCACCAGAACCCCAGAAGCCUAUUUUCUGCCCUAAAUUAGUGCUGCAGUGCAAACACUGCUCAGACUGACAGCUGCUGACCAGAGCAGGGCUGCCAGGCCGUUUGCAUAACACGGUCCGGAGCACACUCGGCGGCGCCAGCUGAUUCCUCACUGCAACAAUGGAAAAAUCCAGAAAUCUUCAUGAAUAAGCCAGUCUGUGUCCUAAGUCAGCCCUUGGAUUUCCUCCCUUUCUUGAGCCCGUCUCGCCUCUGCACAGGCUCCGCUGGGGCUCUGCAGCCAGCCUCAGAAGCAGAAAUCUCAACAAGCUCACAGUUAUGUGCUCGCCUCUCAGCUGCUUGCUGCAGCCAGGAACUGGCUGGAAAUCAGUUCAAAAUGUUCCAGUUCCAAACCCCACCCCACAACCCCUGGAUCUCUCUCUUCACACUCACAGAAGCAGGCACUGGGCUUUUAACAGCUUCGCUUUAGCCUUCUUUAUUAGGAGAGCAGGGGACCUCCCUUGUGGUAUUAAUGCACCUUUGCCACCGCUACCCUAAGGCAGGAGCCAAGGCAGAUGCCACUCCCAGCUCCAGCAGUGAUUGUUUUGCUUUGCUACCUCUCCAUCCCUUCAGCAAUGCCAAUGCUUUUCCCUUUCCACAGCUCUGCCUUGAGAGCCACCGGCAUUGCCACCUACCUCUACAGCACUGCCUGGCAUUUCAUAUCCACCAGCCCAUGUCCCACCACCUCCCUGCAGGUUCUGAUGCUGCCCCACCCCUUGUUGGAAGGCCACCAGGUGUCCUGACCAUGACCAUGUUAUCCUCAACUGUCCAUAGGAAAAGACACAGUAGAAAUUCAGACUUCCUUUCUUGGCCAGCUCUUCAGUGCAGCCUAGAUCUGGAAGUGCUCAACCAAAAUCUUGCAUUGCAAGAGCCACUGCAGUGCUGCUGGCCUUUGGCACGACCCCAUAGCUCUCCAAUCCCUGGUUAGGCAAACUCCUUUUAAAUCAGUGAAAAAAGGCACUCCAUCCCCCACCAGGAACCUUCCUCUGUGAGAACAGGACCAGGUCCUUCUCCUCAAACCACCUGGGGCUAAACAGAACCCUGCAGCCUGCUGGAAGCUCCAGCAAGAGGUGGCUGUGGAGCUUAGCAGUGCUCCCUGAUAUGCUGUUCAACCAAAACAGGCUGUUUUCCCCUCUGCAGAUGAAUCUGGGCCCUGCUCAGCUCAGCAGGGACCAGGGAGGUUCUCUACAGAGCAGGUCUGCAUUGGUUCUUCCUGAGUAUUUGCCUCCCAUUUUCCUCCAGAGAUGAAAACGACCUCUGCACAUUGCUCAGCAGCAGGGCCAGGCAGCACCAUGGACACUCCUGCCUGGUGCCAAGGGGUUAAGCUCACAGUAAGUUCCCAAAGCCAGUUGUUUCCAACUGGCUGCUGCCUGUGGUUUGUGGGAAGGGAUUUUGCUUUUUAAUAACAUUAUAAAUAGGGCUGUGUUCAGUAUGCUGCAAACUCAGUUUCUCUCUCUCUCUCUCUCUCUCUCUCUCUCUCUCUCUCUCUCCCCCCCACCCAUCACUCUCUUUCUCCUGCUUCUCUUCCCACCACACUUAAUUCCAGAUCUGACCAUGACUGGGUCAGGCUUCCUCCUCGGUGUCCUCAGCCUGCUGGUGUGUCUUGUCUCCACCACGCAGGCAUGUCCCCCCAGCUGCCACUGCCACGGCGGAGACCUGCAGCACGUCAUCUGCGACAACGUGGGGCUGAAGAAGAUCCCCAAAGUGCCUGAGCAGACACGGCUUCUCAACCUGCAGAAGAACAACUUCCCCAUCCUGCCGACCAACGGCUUCCGUGACAUGAAGAAGCUGGUGUCCCUGCACCUCCAGAGCUCUCGGAUCAAGGAGAUCUCCAGCGGAGCCUUCCGGGGCCUCAAGAGCCUGGUCUACCUCUAUCUCACCGACAACCAAAUCAGUGUCAUAAAGCCAGGAGCCUUCGAUGAUCUCUCUGAUCUCACCUACCUGUACCUGGACAAGAACAAGAUCCCAGACCUAUCAAAAGGGCUUCUCUCCCCUCUUGUCAACCUCUUCAUCCUGCACUUGGGCAGCAAUAAAAUCCGUGAGCUGAAACCAGGGGUCUUCAAUGGGGCUAAAGAUCUGCGCUGGCUCUUCCUCUCUGACAACUCCCUCACCAGCCUCCAGCCUGGGGCCAUGGAGGAUGUAGAAAACCUCGCUGUCCUCCACCUGGACAAGAACCAGCUGAGCAGCUACCCUGUGAAUGCAAUGAGUAAGCUGAGAGUGCUGGAGGAACUGAAAUUUUCUCAUAACCCAAUUGAGGUCAUCCCUGACAACGCCUUCCAAUCCUUCGGGCGAUACCUGCAGAAGCUCCACCUGGACAACAUGAAACUGAAGAAGUUUGCAGACAACGCGUUUGCUGGUGUGAGUGUGCUGAAAACCGCGCACCUGGAGAACAACCGGCUCACCCAGCUGCCCCGAAACUUCCCUUUUGACAAAAUGGAGACGCUGACAAUCUCCCGAAACCCCUGGCACUGCAACUGCCAGCUGGCUCCUCUGCGCAAGUGGCUGAAAGGCAACCGCACCCGUGCUGAGGACAGCUGCUCCACGCCAGCCCAGUACCGGGGACAGCCCAUCAGGGACACCCCGGCCCUCCGCUCCUGCAAGCUGCCCACCAAGAGGUCCAGGAAGGGGAGCCGCCAUUAAACACUGCUAGCAGGCUCCAGUAUGGCCUGUCCUGGUGAUGGGUCAAUUCAACCAUCAGAAAACUACUGACUUCCAAGUCCUUCCUUGAACUUCUCCUACCUAUCAGGAAACACUUCUGACACACCUGAACAUCUGCAGCCUCCUCCAAAUCUUCGCUUCUCUGCUGAUCACAAGGAUGGAAUCCACCUUCUCAAUCUUUUCCAACAUCUAUGUACUUUAAAAGAGGCCUUUUUUAAAACUAAACUAUGCAUGACCAUACUAAGACAAGCUAAGCUAGAUCCUGCCAGUAAAACACAGUCAUCUCUCCCAGAAGAAACAUAACCCACAUCCCUGAUCAAGCAGCUGCUUGCUGUCUCUCCCAUUCCAGAGGAGCAGGAGCAAAUGGGAAGGCAGGAGCACCCCUUCCCCAGCUGCUUGAUAAAGAAAAUUGGUCUCAACCCAUGCAAAGAGACUCCCCUGCCUUCCCAUGGAGGGGAUCCCUGCAGGCCAGGGCUGAGGGGACAGGUGAAGCAGCAACCAAGAGCCGGUGGCCCUGAGGCAACAAUCUCCCAAAAUUGGCCAGAAAUCCUUGAAGGGAAGCAGUACUGGGAACCUCCAGCACUGGAGCCAUCUGAAGACUUGAUUCCCUCCCAGUCUGUAGGGUCACCAAGCUGUCCAAGACCAGAAGGUGUGCAUGGUGCAGUUGGCUCAGGCACCCCUCCUCUCCUUCCCACUCACACCCAGAGUAUCCACCAGGACACCAGGAUGACUGUGGUUUAUUGUCACAGCUAUAACAAUGCCACAGUUGCAAUUCAACUAUGUUUAUAAUCCUAAAGAGUUAUAUAAAUAUAUGUCUAUUUAUUCCUCUGUAACAGUGUAAAUGACCUUUAAGAGGGUGAAAACUCCUCUGCCUCCUAUAUAGAAAUCAAAUUGUAUAUUUUCUUAUGUACAUCUUCUGUAUAAAGCUCUUGCUGCAAAGA